AGUAUGGCGGCUAUUGAAGACACAACAGAAGCGAAAAUGGCAUUCCGGAAAGGUGCGUAGAGUUAUCGUUGCAAUAUAUGACUCGCAUAUAUCACCUUAAUACGGAGUAUAACUGUGCGGUGUUAUUAGUUUAAGUUUUGUUAUACUGCAGAAUUCCACGACCAAAAUAUAAAACAAAGCUUGACCCAAUUCUGUUUUGAGUGCAAACAGGGUAACUAGGCAAUGCCUCACGGUCAAUGUAGUUUUAUUGGGGACGAGUGUGUAUUUGGACAGAUUUGCUUUUGAACAGAUGAGAACUACAAAUCACAUUGUGCUUUGCGCCACUUUCCGUAUCUUUUUGCCAUCGGGCAGAUUGGAACAUGACAGUAGCAAGGAUGCAGUUGUACACGGCGGAGUACUCUUCUUGUCCACGUUAAGGAUCGAGGCUGGAUCAGUUGUAUUUUAGAUUUCAGAUUAAAUAUGUACUAUUUCUUAGUUUCCUACGCGAUUUUACUGAAUUCUUCGGUCCACCGCAGUUGUCCCUAAAAUACAGCAAAUGGUCAAUCGCAGUGCUGCUAGAGGCAAAUAGACAAACAUUUAAGUUCGAAGAAUGCUGGCUCCUUUUUAAAGUAGACGUUGAUUAAAGUUGUCUGUGCAUUUAGUUUUAAAAGUUUGAUACGACUUAUUUAAAAUUAGCGAGUAAAUUCGGUGUUUUUUUUACCGUCCACGAUGGUAAUCUCCGGCUUGACACAAGACAAAAACGCUGCUGUGGUGGAUCUGUCGGGUCAGGGAAUCCAGAAACUGGAUGAUUCAUUUCCAUGUCCUUCUGGCUGUCACACAUUAAUCCUCGACAAAAACCAGAUAAUAAAACUAGAACAUCUGGAAAAAUGCAAAGAUUUAAUGCAGUUGUCUGUGGCAAACAAUCGGAUUGUACGACUGAUGGGAUUAUGUAGAUUAACCAAUCUCAGGGUCCUGAAUUUACCUAACAAUAGUAUUGGCUUUAUUGAAGGUUUGAAGGAUCUAGUUCAUUUGGAGUGGUUUAAUUUGGGUGGGAAUAAUAUCAAGGUUAUUGAACAAAUGAACCAUUGUGUGGCUCUUAAGCAUCUGGACUUGUCAGACAAUAACAUUUCACAAAUAGGAGACCUUUCAAAGCUUUCAUCUCUCAAGACACUUCUGCUACAUGGAAAUAGCAUCACAACGCUACGCCAGGUGCCUACUCACUUACCUACAGGACUGUCAAUUCUUUCACUUGCAGAAAAUGAAAUAAGAGAUCUUAAUGAGGUGACUUACCUUGGCUCCCUACCUGAACUCGAACAACUGUCUAUAAUGAGUAAUCCCUGUGUGAUGAGCACGCCGUCCUUGCCUGGAUAUGACUAUCGGCCCUAUAUUGUUAGUUGGUGUCUCAACCUGAAAGUUCUGGAUGGUUAUAUAGUGUCACAAAAGGAAGGUUUGAAGGCAGAAUGGCUUUACAGUCAUGGGAAAGGAAGGUCCUUUAGGCCAGGCCAGCAUAUUCCACUGGUACAAUACUUGGCAUCUGUCUGCCCUUUGACAUCAUCUCCGGCUUUGCAAUCUGCAGAGGAUGCCAAAUUAGAAAAAAUACUAAACAAACAAAGACUUCAUCAGGAACAGCUGCUUCAACAGAUUCAAAGAGGGUAUCCAGCCUCCUCCUCAACACCAGAAAGACCUGCUAGUCUCCCAGUGGAACAACAUAGUCCAUCACAUAUGCCAGUGGAGCCUUCUGAAAGAGCUGUUACACCCCAGAUUAACACAUGGUUAGGCUUGAAUGACCCUACAAAUCAUUCCUAUGCAGUUGAACAUCGGUCACGAAUUUCUUCGGCCCACAGAGAUUCCUUAUUUCUGGAAGAUGUUCAGACAGAUGAGGACAAGCUUAACUGCAGUUUACUAUCUUCCGAAUCUACCUUUAUGCCUGUCACAGCAGGAUCAUGUCCACUUUUUCCUUCACAGGAUUUAAGGCUUCAAAAUGUAGAUUGUGAUCUCUCUGAUGAUGGUUGUACUGAUACUACUGUUUUACAAUUUAAAAAAUACUCAGAAAUUAAAGAUCUUGAAUAUAAUGAAGCAUGUGGGAAAGAAAUGGAAACAACAGCAAGUAGUGAUGCAAAAACUUCAGGUCUGAGUUCUAAUUUGCAGCCCAGUAAUGGACUGUUGUAUGAUGGUAGCUGUGGAUCUAAGGGCAAAACAAUACCAAUACCAUUUCAAGGAAUAUUAAAGACUGAGGAUCCUGAAAAAGAACCUGUCAUUUCAGAUGUCAGAAAGGAAGAACAGAUAGUGGAAGGUUUCAGUAGGGCAGCUGUUAAACUUCAAGCAUGCUGGAGAGGAUAUUUUACAAGAAACUUCAAUCCCAGAGCUAGGGAGGUGCGUUCUGAAAUUCGCCUCCGUCGAAUGCAAGAGCACAUCGUAAUGUUGUCAUCUGAAUUAAAAGAGACAAAAAAGGAACUUGAAGAGGAAAGAAUUAAUAGAUUGGUACAAGAAGAGGCCCUUAAAUAUUUGUGGAAACAGCUUCAGUCGCUUCAGCAGUGGCAACAGUCUGUGUGCCAGCAGCUUCCAUUACUCUCUCAUCAGGGACUUCCUGUAACAAGUACAUUGGCUUCAGCUGAACUAUCUCCAUCUAGUGACAACAAUCCAAAGCAGCCUGUGGUUAGCAUAAGCAAAGAUGAUCACCAUUUUUGUGAACAGUCCUUCCCUGAUUCUGGCUUUCACUCUAGCUCUGGAGGAGAUGAACGUAAUAUUCUUAAAGAUACUUUGUUUUCUGGAGAUUGUACUACAGAGGAGAGUUUAAGCUCAGACACUGGAUCGUCAGUAGAAACUGUGAGACCAUUAAUAGAAGAAAUUACUGAUAAAAAAGAGAACCCAGAGGGUGGAGAGGAAAGCAGUGGAGAAAGUUCCCGCAGUGAGCAAGACAGUAGCCUCCUUCAGCAGUACCUAAACUCUGUCCAAUUGCUGGAUGAGGCAGAAGAACUGGUUGAUCAGAAAACAGACAAUCCUUCAAUGAUCAUUUCAGAAUUGGGAGAAAACACUCCUUGCCAUAAACAGCAAACUGUUCCUACUCCUGAAAAACCACAACAUAUGGAAGAGUCGGUGUUGCAAUCAGUGCAAUUGGAAGGUGGUGUGUAAAAGGGCAUAGAACAGAACUGCUUGAAGAUAUAUUUUAAUAAUAACCAGAGAAGUACAGAUAUUUUUAAUCUUAAAUUGAUUAUGGUUCAGUAAAAAUUAAUUAAUGUACUUGUUGCAUUUUGAAAACUGACUAAUCAGUACUAUUCAUCUUAUUUCAUUGUAUUUCUUAUCAUGGUAAUUUGUAAUUUUUUUUUCUUGCACUUUCUGUUUCUCAGAUGUUGGCGCUUCAUUAAGCCUCAUACAAAACAAAACAAACAUUAUAGCUCCCUUGAAGGAUGCUAUGACACUAUGCAAGAAUAUUGACAACAUUUUUAAAAGUAUAACAUUUCCUUAAAUCUAUUGUGGUAAUUCUUUGUUUCUAAAAAGCAAAAAUCAUUGCUCAUUUUAUCCAUCCCAAUCUUUUGACUGCAUUGGGCAAUAAAUGCGUUCAUCGUUUUUCAUGAA